AUGAGUGAUGCACGAGCUGGUCACACAGCAUCCGUAUUAUCAAAUGGGAAAGUAUUAGUUACUGGUGGAGAAGCCAUUAGUAGGUAUAAUGCUUUGAAAAGUGUUGAGUUGUAUGAUCCAUCAACAGGUUCUUGGACAGUUACUGGUAACAUGACUAAUGCACGAUUUGGUCACACAGCAUCUGUAUUAUCAAAUGAGAAAGUAUUAGUCACUGGUGGAUCUAAUGGAUUUACUACUUUAAAUAGUGCUGAACUAUAUGAUCCAUCUACAGGUGUUUGGACAGCUAUUGGUAACAUGACUGAUGCACGAUAUGGUCACACAGCAUCCACAUUAGCAAAUGGAUUGGUUUUGAUUGUUGGUGGACAGAAUAUUUAUAUUACUGUUGCUUUAAAUAGUGCUGAACUGUAUGAUUCAUCAACAGAUACUUGGACAACUACUGGUAACAUGUCUAAUGCACGAUUGAUUCACACAGCAUCUGUCUUAUCAAAUGGAAAAGUAUUAGUUACUGGUGGAUGGAAUUCUUUUAGUGUUAUAAAUAGUCCUGAGCUGUACGAUCCAUCCACAGGUACAUGGGCAACUACUGGUAACAUGACUAUUCCACGAGAUCAUAGCACAGCAUCUGUAUUAUCAAAUGGAAAAGUAUUAGUUACUGCUGGAGACAAUGUUAAUAUUACUUUAAGUAGUGCUGAAUUAUAUGAUCCAUCAACAGGUACAUGGACAACUACUGGUAACAUGAAUAAUGCACGAGAACAUCAUACAGCAUCUGUCUUAUCAAAUGGAAAAGUAUUAAUUACUGGUGGAUGGAAUGGUGCUAGUUAUUUAAAUAGUGCAGAAUUAUAUUAA